AUGCGAGUGCGUCUCCUUGUCGGCAUGCUCUGUCUCCAUAGUCUGUGCUCGUCGCCGACAGCAAAUGCUGUCUGCCCAACCGACGAACCUGUCACCUGCGCAGCAGUCCGGACGACCGGCUCCGCGGCGGAUCUCCACGACGACACUGGCGAGCUGUCCGAGCCCCAGCGGUGCAUCCAGUUGGCCUCGAUCACUCGCGUUUCUGCUUCCCCUUCUGGUGAGUACCGGUAG